AUGAAGGCAUUGUGUGAAAAUCUAAUGGAUAUUCGCGGCACUCACGUUUUACUAAUGACCACAAGGGAUACCAAUAUCACGUCUUUAUUUGAGGACUGUCGUUCCAAUCAGAUGCUCAAUGUCCUGGCUUUGAGGGGUUCGAAUCGGGAGUUCAUAUAUAGCUACCGUGCUUUUCCACACUUCAAGGUGAUGCGACGGAGGCUAGUCCAAGUCAGAAGAUACUUUGAACCACAGGUUGGGAAUCUAUAUGGGCAUCCCAUCGCCAUUAUUCCGUACAGUCUGGUGCCACGUUCAGUGAUCUACAGGGACAAGGAAGGACGUCGCCAGAUUGCGGGAUAUCUCACACAUUUCUAUAAGAACUUUGCCAGGAGUUUGAAUACCACUCUGCUGGUGCGAUGGGACCUUGUUCCAGAGAGCGAGACACCCGAUCACAAUGUCACUUCCGGUCUGUUGAGGGAUGGGCUGGUGGACUUUCCACUGGUGCUGACCACGCUGGCCCCAGAACCCUUCUACCCCAGCUAUGUGGCGGAGAUUACCAGCUGGUUUCUGAUGCUACCCGUGGAGCCAGACAUGCCGCUGUCCAGCUUGUACUUCAACCUCAAGGGUUGGCCCUACUUCCUGGGCCUGAUGGUCGUGUUGGCCCUAUUCCUGGUCAAUGCCCAGCUCCUGGAGUCGGGGCAGGGAUACUUCACCCUGAGGUGUGGCAACAUCUUUGCGGAUCACGUGCUGAGGGCCAUCCUGGCGCAGUCCUUUGACAUGCCCAACCGCCGCCUCUUCUUCAGCCGCACCCUGCUCUACAGUCUGCUGAUGAUGGCGGGACUGAUAGUAAGCACCUUUUACAGCGCCAAUUUGGCUACCCUAUUGGUUCAUCCGCCGGCUGCCUACAAGAUACUGAGCUACGAGGACCUACGGCGAACCCACGGUAAAAUCUUAAUAUCCCAACAGGAGCUCCCGACAUUGAAUGACUCUAUAGGAAAGGAUCUGCUGGAGAAGAAUCUGGAUAUCUUUCAAAUAACACCAGCGCUUGUGGAGUUUUUGGCCAAGCGGAAUGAGCUCAAUACUUCAUUCGGUUAUCCGGUCACCAAUACUCUAUGGCCAUUCCUCCAACUGAAGCAGAUCAAGAUGCAACGGCCAGCCUUUCGAAAAUCGAACGAGAUUAGUUUUGUGCCCUUCAUGCCAGUGACCAUGCCCAUGGCCAGAAACUCUAUAUAUCGCGAUGCCUUCAACAGAUAUCUGAGCCAUACGCAGGCUAGUGGACUGUACGAUCUAUGGUUCCGGCGAUCCUAUCACGAACACAUUGCCAUUGGCAAGCUGAACUACAGCAUGGACCAGACAGAGCCGGGUGGCUAUCACGAUCUCAUCUGGGAUGACUUGUUCUACGUGUGGAUAGCGUAUAUAGGAGGCACUGCUGUCAGUCUGUUGGUUCUACCCUUUGAGAUAUUGUACUACAAGUGGCGGAAGGAUCACCAGAAACAGGUUGUUAAAUAG